GCGUCUUGGCGGUUCCAAAUUGGCAGUAGACCUUCCAAACUCAACCAUUCGGCUGCCGUAAACCACUGCGGCGUCUCGCUUUACUCGCUGUCUCAACCUGCGGCGGCGGGCAUUGGGAACUUGUCCCCCGUGGGGGGCGUCCCAGCUGACGACGCCGCUCUCUCCUUCGCUGUGCGGAGCGUCGUGACCGAUCCACCCCCUUCCGACGAAUCGCCCAAGGACGACGAUUCCGACCGCGAGAACGACGGCUUGUCGAGCGUAUCGAUCCCCCUGUCGCACGCCCUCGGCGCGGCCUUCGCCGGCGCCAUCGGGGAGGGUGCGACGUCCGACCAAGACGCCGCGAAGCCGCUCGACGCCGAGCAAGCCAUCGACGACCGCCUCAUCGACCGGGCGCUCUCGGGCCAGUCUUCCGCUUACGGCGAGCUGGUCGCUCGCUACCAAGACCGGUUGCGGGGCUCGCUGUUGCGGCUGACGGGCUCGGCCGAAGAGGCCGAAGACGUCGCCCAAGAGGCCUUCGUCCAGGCGUACCUCAAGCUGUCGAGCUUCCAACGCUCCAGCCGGUUCUACACCUGGAUCUACCGCAUCGCGUUCAACCAAGCGAUCAGCAAGAGCCGCAAACGGCGACCGCGGGUGUCGCUGAACGUUGUUCAAGAGUCGGGCGGCGUUGAGCCCGUCGCCGAGGCCGAUGGCCCGACCGAACCGGCCGUCCAAGUCGAGCGCGCCGAGCUACUGCACGCCGCGAUCGCCGAGCUCGAAGAGGACCACCGUCAGGUGAUCGUCCUCCGCGAGUUCGAAGACAUGGACUACCAGCAGAUCGCCGAAGUGAUCGGAGCCCCCAUCGGCACCGUCAGGAGCCGGCUCUUCCGAGCGCGGGCGCAGCUGCGCGAUCGCCUCGCGGCGGUGCUGGGCGAGGAUUGA